AUGGAAUUGGAAUCGGGCGCGGCUGCGCUUCCCAACACCAACGCCCCCCCUCCUCCUCCCGCCAUCUGGAGGAGCACCGCCGACGACGACUCGACGCUGCUGGACGACCUGGACCACGAGCCGACGGUGCUCAAGUCGUAUCGCGACUGGGACGAGUGGAAGCGCGACAUCCAGCCGCACGUCGACGUCUUCAUCUGGCGCUACAUGUGGUCGGACCGGGCGGCCGACGAGCUGCGCGCGCGCCCGACGCCGCCGCAGGUGCAGCAGUUCAACCGGCACGCCCGCGACGUGUCGGAGCUGACCAAGGACGAGUUCGACCUGUACCACGACCAGAACAAGGCCUACUACGCCCGCAAGCAGGAGUUCGACCGCCAGAGCGACAUGGUCGACCGCGCGCGGGCCCUCGUCCUGCGCACCGUCGCGCCGGCCAAGGCCGAGCUGCUCGACGCCGGCAGGACGCUGCGCGAGUGGGUGGCCCUGCUGCGCGACACGACGGCCCCGACGUACCGCCAGCGCAUCGAGAUUGAGCGCGGCAACUACAGCGCCGUGCUGGAGCGCUUCGACCUGGGCGACGGCGGCGGCGGCGGCGGCGGCGAGACGGACUGGGCGCACGAGUGGUACAGCGCCGUGACGAGGUGCCACAAGCUCGGCUUCCCGGAGACGCUGUGCGGGACCUGGCUGCGGGACCUGGCCGACUGCAUCCUGCCGUUCUCGCCGCCGCUGUUUGACAGGUUCAUGCUCGGGGCCGACAGGCUGGAUCUCGCGGCCAUGGAGUGGCGGGCCGAGGCGGAGGAGGCCAUGGCUUUCAAGAAGACGCACAAGUGCGGUGGCGGCGGUGGCGACGACCCCAACAGCGGCACCAACGGCAUUGACAGCAGUAGAAGCGGGCAUCGUCAACAGCAAGAGGCCCCUAGCGAGAUCCAGACGAACGAGGCAAUGGCAUCGUCGUCGUCGUCUUCUGCCAGACCGCCCGUCCAAGCAGUGCCCUCGGAGGAAAAGGAGGUGGUGGAGCUGGACGCCGCCUCGCCCCACGACGCAGACCGCCUGUGGACGUUCCUCGAGGUGUACCGAGAGAUUCGCGACCUCGAGUUCGGGGGCUCGGAGGCGGACGUGGCCAUGGACGACGACGACGACGACGACGACGGCAACGCGGACGCGGCGUCGGCCAAGGGCUCGGACUCGCCGCAGUGCCCGGCGUGCAACCUCCGGGGCCACGAGCUGCGGCACUGCUGGUACGCCUUCGAGGAGCGGCGGCCGCGGGGCGUGAUGCUGAGCCGGUCGCGGAUGCGGCGCGUGGAGAGGGCGAUCCGGACGGACAAGAACCUGGAGCAGCGGGUGGACGACAUUUACACGGCGUUUACGGGGGGCAGGUUCUACCAGCGGCAGCUGAUGCUCGGGUCGACGCAGUCUGCGUGGUGA